GUCUGACACGUCUAAAGUGUGAAGCAGGAUGGGAGCCACAUGGAGGAAAGUGUUAUUAUUUCUCCACCAGUGAAUCCUCCUGGACUGACAGCAGACGUUCCUGCACUGAUCUGGGAUCAGACCUGGUGAAGAUCGACAGCAGAGAGGAGCAGAUUUUCCUGUUAGGACGACUGAGAGACAACAACAACUAUUUCUGGAUCGGACUGACAGACUCAGCAGAAGAAGGAAAAUGGUUGUGGGCCGAUGGAUCACCUCUGGAUAAAAGUUUAAGCUUUUGGGUGUCCUGGGAGCCUGAUGAUUGGAAACACACUCCAGUUGGAGAGGACUGUGCAAGGAUCGGAAAAGGAGCUGAUSAUCUAAAGAGCUGGCUUGAUUAUGUUUGUGAUCAUUCUCAGAAAAGCAUCUGUGAGAAACCUUUGUAA